AUGCGCAACCUUCGCAACGUCCGCUUCGGCCGCUGCUCCCUCAACCACUCAUCGCCCGUCACUACAGCCUGCUGGGAUCCCGACAAGGAUGAGGUUCUCUGUACCAUUGGGCCCACGUCCCACGACCCGAGCAUUGAACUUGUCCGUCUUUCCGAGACGGAGCCCAUCUCUUAUCAAACUGUCGUCCGCUGGGAUGCUCCCAGUCCAAGCCCGCAUCUGCCAGCCGACAGCGUCGUCAGCAUCCACUACCUGGGGGCCUCGGCCACGACAUGCAUUGUCCUCGAGGGCGGCGACAUCAUCACCGUCCAAGAGGCUCACUCAUCGGACGCCGAGGGGGCCCGCGUGGAAAUCGUCGGCUCCAUCGAUGCCGGCGUGGCUGCCGCUGCGUGGUCCCCCGAUGAGGAGCUCUUGACCGUCGCGACAAAGGCCGAUACCGUCAUCUUCAUGUCCAGUUCCUUGGAUCCCUUGGUCGAGGUUGCCAUGACGCCAGAUGACCUCAAGGCUUCCAAGCACGUCUCCGUCGGCUGGGGCAAAAAGGAGACGCAGUUCCAAGGCCGAGGCGCCAAGGCCCUGCGCGAUCCCACCAUUCCAGACAAGGUCGAUCAAGGCCUACCCAGCUCCCACGAGGAUGGCUCAACCAGCAUCAGCUGGCGAGGCGACGGCGCCUAUGUCGCCAUCAACUCGGUCCAGCAACCCGACCGGCGCGUCGUUCGCGUCUAUUCUCGUCAAGGGGAGCUCGACAGUGCCAGCGAGCCAGUGGACGGGCUCGAGAGCCCCCUCAGCUGGAGGCCGACGGGCAAUCUGAUUGCAGGAGUCCAGCGCCUCGAGGAUCGCGUCGACGUCGUUUUUUUUGAGAGGAAUGGCCUUCGUCACGGCCAAUUCACCUUGGGCCGUCUCGAGAACCCAGUUAUCUCUCAAAGCCAGAUUCGACUCGCGUGGAACUCCGACUCCACCGUUCUCGCCGUCAUUCUCAAAGGCACUAUACAACUCUGGUCCAUGGGCAACUACCACUGGUACCUGAAGCAAGAGUUCCCUGCCGAUGACCGUCUUCCUUGGCUCGCCUGGCACCCCGAAAAGGCUCUCCGCCUCGCUGCCUCUACCUCUGCAAGUGUUAUCUUGGCGGAACAAAUAUUCCACACCACCCGAGGAACUUGUCGCUCUCCCUUCGACAACGGCGCCGUGGCUGUCAUCGACGGCAAGACUGUCAAACUCACCCCUUUUCGUACAGCAAAUGUGCCGCCACCCAUGUCCUUAUUCGACGUCGUGGCCGAAGCCCCAGUGGUCGACGUAGCGUUUGGCCGUCAAAACACGUCACUGGCAGUCUUGCACCAACAGGGCGUUGAUAUCUACGAUAUGCCCCUCAAGAACGGACGUUCCGUCAAGCCCCAGCUGAGGGCAAGGGUGCCGUUCCCGGCGGAGGAAAAGGCGCCAAAGUGUCUGCCGUUGCAGAUAUGCUGCACCGCAAGUGGAAGUUACCGUUGCAUCGCCUACCAAGAUGAAGGCCGCUUGUAUUUCAGCGUUGAUGUAGAGGCCGGCCAAAUGAACAUCAUUGAGGACAAGCGAGAUUUGGUAUCCACCACGACUUUUGAGGACGACGCUUCUGCAGAGGGCUAUGGCCAAGACCUGUCAGGGAACCUGUACAGACUGUCAGAGUCGGGCUCGGAGCUUCUGCCGGUUCGAUUUCCGUCCAACCUCCCCUGGUUCGAGAUCAGCAAACCGGGGGCUACCGCGUUGGCUUUUGGCCUUUCAAGAAAUGGUCAUAUCUAUGCAAACUCCAGACUGCUGGCCAAGAAUUGUACUUCGUUUACGGUCACGCCGAGCCACCUCAUCUUCACAACCGGCAACCAUUUCGUCAAGUAUGUGCACCUGACCCCUGAAGUCCAAGGCCUGGAAGUCCCAGCAGACGACCCGGAAAAGGACGAGCGAUGCCGGAGCAUUGAACGCGGCUCGCGCCUGGUGGUCGCCAUCCCCACCAAUAUGAGUAUUGUCUUGCAGAUGCCGAGAGGAAACGUCGAAACCAUCUUCCCACGCGCCAUGGUCGUGGCUGGAAUCCGCAGCCUGAUUGAGGAGAGGAACUAUGCCCGUGCCUUUUCAUAUUGCCGUACGCAGCGGGUGGAUAUGAACAUUUUACACGACCAUCAACCUGCGCAAUUCCUGGCGAGCGUCGGGUCUUUUCUAGAUCAGCUCAAGGAAGUUGCACACAUUGACCUUUUCUUGUCGUCUCUCAAGGAGGAAGAUGUCACGCAGACGAUGUACCAAGACACCAAGCGUCCUCGACCAAGCAGCGAUAUCACAGGAGACAAUGGCUCUGUGCCGGCGAAGCCGACUGGUUCGAAAGUGAACACGGUGUGCGACGCUUUGCUCAAACGUCUUCAACAUAGAAAGGCCACCAAUCUCCAGAACAUCAUCACCGCCCACGUAUGCAAGGUGCCGCCCGCAUUGGACGGCGGCCUGGCUCUCGUCGCCGAGUUGAUGCAGGAGGACGAAAAGCUGGCGGAGAGGGCGGUAGAGCACAUAUGCUUCCUGGUCGACGUCAACCGCGUGUACGAGAACGCCCUCGGGCUGUACGACCUCGACCUUGCACUGCUGGUUGCGCAGCAGUCCCAGCGAGAUCCUCGCGAGUACCUUCCCUUUAUCCAAAACCUCCACGUCUUAUCCGAGCUGCGUCGCAAGUUCGAGAUUGACAACCAUCUCGCACGCCGAUCUAAAGCCCUGACUUACCUGCAAACUCUCGAGGCGUUUGACGAGCUAUGCGACUACACCACCAAGCAUAGCCUUUACCAAGAUGCCCUCCAGCUCUACCGCUACGAUGCGCCUCGAUUUCGCAUCCUGACCGACCUCUACGCCGUCCACCUCGAAUCCAAGUCGGCGUUCCGCGAGGCCGGUCUCGCCUUUGAAUCUCUCCAGAAUUACGCCAAGGCAACGAGCUGCUACCGGGCGGCCGGCGCCACGUGCUGGCAGGAAUGCCUGUAUACAGCUCAGCAGCAGUCCCCGAGUCUCUCUACCGACGCCAUGGCCGACCUCGCCACGACUCUCGCCGAUGCCCUUUGGGAGGCCAAAGAUUACAGCGCCGCAGCCACCAUUCACCUGGACCAUCUCUCUUCCCUCGAAACCGCCGUCAAGUGCCUCUGCAAGGGAUACCAUUUUGCCGAGGCCAUCCGCAUCGUCGUCCAGCGAGGCCGACCCGAUCUCCUCGAGACGGCCGUGGACGGGGGCCUCACGGAAGCUCUUGGAAGCACCACGGAGUUCCUUGCCGACUGCAAGAGCCAGCUGAUGGCGCAGGUUCCGCGCAUCGCCGAGCUGCGCCAGAAGGCCGCCGAGGACCCCCUGGCCUUUUACGAGGGCGAGCGCGCCGGAGGGGCGGACAUUCCCGACGACGUCUCCGUCGCGGCCAGCUCGCGCAUGAGCACCAGCGCCAGCCUCUUUACCCGGUACACGGGCAAGGCCGGCAGCAUCGGCACCGUCGGCACGGGCGUCAGCCGCGCGACGAGCAAGAACAGGCGGCGCGAGGAGAAGAAGCGCGCGCGCGGCCGCAAGGGUACCGUCUACGAGGAGGAAUAUCUCGUCAACAGCAUCCGGCGCCUGGUGGAGCGCGUCGGCGCGACCGCGGCAGAGGUCGAGCGCCUCGUCUUUGCGCUGGUCCGACGCGGCAUGGCGGAGCGCGCUCGCGCCGCCGAAGCUCUCAUGGCCGACGUCGUCGAGGCCAGCGAGUGCGCCGUCUCGCAGGUCUUUGCCGCCCCUGAGGGAGACCAACGGGGGGGCGAGGGGAUGCAGAGGGCUGGCGAGACGGAGGAAACGGGCGCUUGGAGGGCAACAGGCGGCGACGCCGUGCUGCAGGAUUGGAUGCAGGGAAAGAGCAAGAGACUGGAGCCACCGGUUGUGACGAGCAUGAAGAAGCUCGUGUUGCUCGGUUGA